CACGGGCAAUGUUGUACUAUAUAGUCGAAGAAAGAAUACAAGAUGUCAAAUUUCAAAAAAAAAAAAUAGCCUUUCUUAUCCCUUUCGUCACGAGUGAAGCCUUUUGUGCCGUGGUAAUGUUUACUCGUCAAUCUCCUUUGUUCAGCUGUCGUGUUUGCUCAAUGGGAAGGAACUACAUCGCUCUGCUCUUCCAGCGUUCGCUUCUAUAUUCUCGUGUGCAAUCUGCUUGUCCCUGUCCAUCAUCUGUUCAACUAUCCCCCGUUAUCCAUCCACCUAUUCAUCUGUCUCCAUUGCCUACGAUGUGCCUCACCUCUCUCCCUACUGCAUUUGGAAAGAAGCCGACGGUGCAAGGUGCGAUGGGAACUGGCAAACAAGGCGCUGGAGAUAGGAAGGCGACAAAAGAGACAAGACUACCGCAAUACGGGACCAAGAGUUCAUCAUUUCUUCCCUCUCUUUGCCACCCGCACCUUCGGUUUCCGCCACUGUCAAGAAAAAGAGCAAACGAACCCCGUGAACGAAGUGUCGUGAUCAUCGGUACCUGGUUGGAAAAGUAUUUGACGAAUCAAGCACCCAACAAGAAAAUCGACCCGACCCGAACCCCGUUCGCCAAGUUAACCGUGUACGUUCUGUACCUCGACCCACCUGCCUACCGUAUAGGCCCAAAGACCUGCCGUUUGAAUGGAUUCCGUAGGCGCUCUACUUAG